AUGGAACUCAUACCAGUUUACAGGCAUUAUCAGUUUGACAUAGGUAGUAAUAUUACAUGCAGAAGACAUAUAAGAUAUUAGAUUGUUUGAAAGGUUCUAGUUCGAAAAUUAUUUAGGUAGUACAUUUUUUUCACAUAUAUUACAGCAAUGAAAGGCGUCAGCCGGAAACCACUGACUAUUUUUAAGUAGACAUCCUGUCUAUAUAUGAAGGUAUCUUUAAGGUCACUUCCAGUGCCAUAACGGACUGAGUGUAAUUAUCCACAGCUAGAGAAAAUAAAAUGAAAACAGAAUGUAUGGGAUAAAAAAGCGAUAAUGACUACAGUAUGUCAGCCAGCCAGUUAGGUCCGCCAUAAUACGGGUAUCACGUUAUUUUAUGAUAUGCUGUUCCGGUUAGAUAUCAUUGAAAUUAGUUAAGGUUAAAACGGACGGUGUUAGUGUAAGGUGUCACCAGGUAGAGAAAUUCAAUUAGUUUCUAUGAUCUUACUUGUGGAAUGGGAUAUACUUAUAGGUGUAAGAACAUUUAAAGCACUUUCGGAGGAGGAGUAAGCGUUGAUGCAGCGAACAAGGGAUGGGAGCGAUUUGAUCUAUAUGAAUAAUCCAUUAAAGUCAUAUCCUCCUUAUUCUUUGAGAUAUAUCCUGAUGUUUACUUAUUUGCUUAUUAUUCUCGUCAUAACUUAGCGAAAACGAGAAACUGAAACAGAUAAUACAAACUCAGUGGAAAUUUUAGGUGAAUCUCAUGUAAUAUUCACAUCAAAAAAUACUGGAAAUAAUCAUUAUUGGAGUCAAGAUACUUCAAGACAUAAUACAAAAUGUUUUUUUCCAAAUGGAACUUAUGGUGAAUCAAGACUUGUUGAGAAUAUACAAAAUAAUAAUAAUAAUAAUAAUAGCAGUGGAAGACGUUUUUUGUCUAGUCCACAAAAUGGACACAGCAAAGAAAAGCUUCCUAAUUGCACUAUUGGACGUACAACAGCUGCUGAAAUCCAUUCUUCACUACCGUCACUGCCUCCUAGCUUGAGGGAAUCGGAACGCAUGUUGCAUGUUCAACGUUGGAUAAAUAGUAUCCCACCUGAUUUACCAUCCUGGAUACAAGUAUCACAUAAUAAAAUAAUCCCGGUUACUAAUCCACAUGAAUCUUAUGCUGAAGUAGAAGAUUCAAUCAUAUCUGAAAUUCCAGAUACAUCAGAUCUCGCUUCUAAUCAUGAUAUUUUAGACUGUAAUCCUGGUUGUAAUUUGAAUUCUGUCAAUCAAACUAUGGAUUAUUAUUCUAAACAACCAAAUAAUCAUUCAUCUAAUCCUUCUACACAAAAAUCAUUAUCUAAAAUUCCUGGCGUUUCAGUUGCUCCUCCUUUACAACCACCUCCGUUUCCACCGUUACCACCACCGCCUAUGCCACCUCCGACACAUUCACAAUCAUCUCUUCCACUUCAAUUGCAAUCAUCUGUUCAACAUGGGCAUAGCAGUAAUAAUAAUAAUAACACUUCUUUAGGUAUAAUUCCUUCAAAAUUUUCUACUAUACCAAGUGGUAGUACAGUUAACUCUCAUCAAAAUCUACUUACUCCUAUACAGUCAAAUCAGGAUAUGAACUUAUCGAAUCAUCCUCAUCAACAUCCGCAUCAAUAUUGUAUGAAUAAUGAUCAUAAUCAAUUGAAUUAUUCAUCUAGAGAUACAUUACUAAGUCAUCAUAUUGAUGGUGAACCAAAUCAUACUAAUAAUAGUAUUCACAAUAGUCAAAGACAUCCUAUUGGCGAUUCCAUGAAUUCAGGUGGACGAUUAUUCAAUGAUAUGGAAAUUCAAAUGAUAGUUAAGACGACACAACAACAGCCUAGAAAAUGAGAGUUUAUUACUAAUACACGAUGAAUUGGUUGAACCGUAACAACAAAGACAACGCUAUAAACAAGUUGGGAUUAAACGAACAAACUUCCAUUUUUAAAGCGCCUUACAGUCACAUACACACACCCUUCACAAAAAAAUCUGCUUGAUCAAUAUUGUGUAAGCUUGAAAUAACAUCCUCUUAUUUUUGUAUUUUUAAAAAGAUGAAAUUCACCGUUGAAUGAGUUAAUGCAAAUGAAUUAUUAAUUGUAAAUUAAACAUUUUGAAAAGUGUGAAUA